CGUCUCGGUGAAGAACAAGGUGCGGGCUCGACGGUGCGCCGCACAGGUUAAACGCGCGCGCCCGUCUCGAGCUCCCGUGUGGGCGGAGCUUCGUCGCCAGAAGUCGCGGUCGGAGAGCAGCGAAGAGCAGACGCGUUGUUCGGAGGAGAGAGACCCACCUGUUGAACGGCAGCGGGCAGCUUUUAACACCUUUAACCUUUUCUUUUUGUUUUUAAUUCACUUGUUUUUUAUAUUUUAUCCUCUGAGAGUCUCAGAGUCCCAGCCUUCGGGAUGACGGACGCUCUUUUACCAAACGGCGUCAAAGAAGGCGGAGAAGACAGCGGUCGUUUCCGAAAGGGUUGCAACCCGCUGGCGCGGACCGGACGAAGCAAACUGCAGAAUCAGCGAGCCACUCUGAACCAGCAGAUCAUCAAACAGAUGAGGAUGAGGGCUGGAGCGGAGAACCUGCUGAAGGCUACGUCCAACAACAAGGUGAAAGAGAUGGUUCUGUUGGAGUUGAGCUACGUUAACUCCAACCUGCAGCUGCUGAUGGGAGAGCUGGAGGGACUCAACAGCUCAGUGGAAGUCUACCAGAACACCCAGGAAACUGCAAACAUCCCCCUCAUUGCUCUGGGUCUGAAGGAGACAAAAGACGUUGAUUUCUCCACCAUAUUCAAGGACUUCAUCUUGGAGCACUACAGUGAAGACGGGAACAGUUUUGAAGACUCCAUCGCCGACCUGAUGGACCUACGACAGGCUUGCAGGACGCCGAGUCGAGACGAGGCCGGGGUGGAACUCCUGGCAAAAUACUCGAGCCAUCUCCCUCUGAUGGAAAGCCGAUUCUUUCCCCCAACCCGCCAGACUGGGAUAUUCUUUACCUGGUACGACUCCUUCACAGGAGUGCCGGUGUGCCAACAGAACCUGUCCCUGGAGAAGGCCAGCAUCCUCUUCAACAUGGCCGCCCUCUACUCUCAGAUCGGUACACGUAGUAACCGACAGACAAUAGAAGGCCUGGAGCAGGCCAUCUCCUCCUUCCAGAAAAGUGCAGGAAUGCUGAACCACCUGAAGGAGACAUUCACCCACACUCCCAGCUACGACAUGAGCCCAGCCAUGCUCAGUAUGUUGAUCCGGAUGAUGCUCGCUCAGGCUCAGGAGUGCCUGUUUGAGAAGACUGCACUUCCUGGUAUCCGAAACGAGUUCCAUUCACUCAUGAAAAUGGCCCAGGAGGCCGCUAAGGUCUCUGAAAUCUACGACCAAGUGCACCAGUCCAUGAUCCAGACGCCAAUCAAAGACAAUGUUCCGUUCUUCUGGUCCACCAUGUCGCAAGUCAAAACCAACCACUACCGCUCCAUGGCUCACUACUUUGUGGCCUCAGCGCUCAUGGACCACCAGUUGGGUCUCAGUGACGAUGAGGAUCAGCAGGAGAAGACGUUGUCCCAGGUCUAUGAUCGCCUUCCUGAGGGACGCUCUCCUCUUGAAAUCCUCAAAAAGAAAGAUGAGCGCGAACGCAUCGGUAAAGCACACAUUCGUCGUGCCAUACUGGGUCACGAGGAGGCUCUAAGGAUCUACAGUUUGUGCCAUCACUUGAACAAGCUGGAGAUCCUGCAGGACAUUUUGACAGCCAGUCACCAGCGCUCGGUCAACAAGUGCAGCGAGAACGAGGACGAGGAGGAGUUCACUGACUACACGGAGGCUCCGGACAUCAUCUCUAAAACAGAACACAAAGCGGAGAUGGAGGUUCCUGCAACCACAAAGGGCCCGCUUUCAGUUUUCUCAGCCAAACAGCGGUGGACGCCCCCACGGACAAUAAAAAUUCUCCCAAAAGACCCAGAACUGGGCUUCAACCUGAAAGGAGAAUCCCCAGUCCAGGUGGUUUCGUUGGACCCCCUCUGCCCCGCUGCUACUGACGGUUUGAAAGAGGGUGACUACAUUGUUGCUGUGGGCGACAUCGAUUGCAAGUGGAUGAGUGUGAGCGAUGUUAUGCGGCUACUGAAGGAUGUGAACGAGGAGGUGAUUGAGAUCCAGGUUGUCAGCAUUAUGGACAGCAAUCCUCAGAUGCCAACCAAGAGUGCCACCUUCUGCGGAAACCUGCCUAAGACCUACUCCAUGAUUUGUCUGGCCUAUAAUGAUGACGACAAGAAGUCCCGCAAAGUAACCAAGAAGUCAUCCUUCCUCAGCUUUGGCCUGAAGAACCGGCUUAAGAGCGCCAGCACCCUCAGCCUCCCCACAUCGGACCAAUCCGGGACCCUCCCCUGGAAUAAACCGUGUCCCUCGUUCCCCAGCACCAGCGCCUACAACAACGACAGUGGACUUUACUGAACUGGCUGCGGACUCUACAGUCUGCAAGCAUCGUGUAGUAUGCGUAUUAGGCCCAGUAUGGCCUUUUGUACAGUGCUGUGUUGUACCUGUUGCGAUACGGUAGCAGUUCCCUUUAGUGUUUCCACUGGAAUACUGAGCAGUAGUCUAUGUAGCUUGUACGUCACCAGGGCAAAUUACAUUUCUGCCAGCUACCCUGGAAAGUGGCCCUGCCGAAUACUGUACAUAGGUGCCUUUGCUGGUACAUGGGAACCUUCCUAGACUGCAGUUCAGUAGCUGAAGUACACUGGGCUGCACACCAAACGUGAUGGGAAACCCUUCUGUAAAACACCAUUAUGCGUACAGCACAGUACAACUGCACUGUGAGAAAAGUGUUCGUUAUCAUUCCAGUCUAUGUAUAUAUAUCUAUAUAUAAACACACACACACAGCGCACUAAGUUAAACUGUCAUCUCAGUGGCUUUUUUCUUGGAAGAAAAGCUCCAGAUGAAUUGAGGGAGGCAAAAACAAAGUUGUACAAACACACCUGGCGUUGGUUUCAAGGGGGUCAUUUUUUUGUGGUUGAAGCGGCGCCUUGUUAGUUCCAUUGCGUACUGACGUAGCUGUGCACCGUGCAGUUAAAUUCUCUGUGUAUCCUCCAUAAAAGGUUGUGUUUCUUACGGUAUAUGUGAAGGAUUAGGUCACUGCAAUGAUAUUUGCAUAAUCUGUGGAUACUGAUCGGUGUUGGGGCUUGCCAUGAAUACAUUUACAAAAUAGAUAUAUAGAUAGUUGAACCAUGGUGGGGAAUAUUGGUCCCUUGAGGAGAAAAAACAAUUGUGCUGUGCAGUUGUUUUUUUGUCUAGGGAGAGUUGAUGAAUGCAAAGUUCGAUAAGCUGCUAAAAACAGAAAACAAUCUUUUCAUACCUUGUAAUAUUGUCACUUUUGCAUUGUCUCUGCUAAGUGCUAUGCCUGGGACGCAAUAUAACUGGAAUCAUUGGUGUUUUUAGGUUUGCUUGAUGUACCAGUUAUGCCACAGACCAAAAUGCCUCCACAUCUGUAACGUGCCAGGGUGUGUGUGCCCUUUGCCAUCCUCACCCCUCGUACCUGGUUCUGACCCUCUUCAAAAAGUACAGUUUGUCCUUUCAUAAGAGGAGCUGCGUGUCUCCGUGUUUAAUGUGAAUCUUGAUGUAGUUUAAAGGUUAUUACAUCUCCAGAAGGGAGGAAUGUGGGCAGACCAAUGACAUUCCUGCAUCGUGCCUUGAUAGCCGGUCACCCAACAGCAGCUUCGAUCAAAGCCCACAUUCAGGUUUCUGCUAAUUGCCUCUAUUCUCUUAAACAUAGUCAUGUCCCACGUUUGACACUUUGCAGUGUUGGAUUAUCUCUUUAUCUACAAAGUAGAUUCUUACACACAUUUGAUAAUCAAAUUAUUUAUGUAAUAAAAAAAAUACACACAAAAAAUAUUUUAUAUAUAUAAUUUUACGUUGUAGGUUUCAGAAGUAGUUUGAAUGGUCAAGUUGUGAAUUUUUGCACGUUGGAUUUCUUGGUUGGUUUCUUGGUUGGUUUCUUGGAGGAAUGUAUCUUACUAGCCUUGCAUAAUCCUUGGGUGAACUAUAUAUACUGGUACAUUUUGUCUAUGGUAAGAUAUUUUAAAAUGUAAAUAUUUUUUAACAGUAACACUGUCUUUGUCCAGCUAAAGUGGUGUCUAAAGUGCCCUUACGCUUACUCAUGAAGGAAAAUGUCACAAUAAAGUGCUGUAAUUUCAUUGAUAAUAAUAAGCGCUUACAGCGGAUUUCUUGUACAUAUGGAUCCUAAAUGCCUUGUUCUAUGCAGAGGGUCAUGCUACCUGUUCUUCUUUCAGGUUGCCUUUGCUUCUCUCCCUGAACUUUGUACUGCAUAGAAACUGUGGUGUGAAUGCUAUGUCUAAGUCUUUGUCAUAUAUAUGAACUCAAAUCUCAAUAAAAGAAGGUGACAGAACAAA